AUGUUUGAAAAUCGUUUUAUGCAACUUCUUUCUCAACAUUUACCAGGUGCAAGUCAUCAGACGGAAUUAGAUCGUCUAGCUAUGGCCGAUCCGUUUGAUCCAAAUGUACAACGACGAAUUGAAGAAUUAUUACAUAUGCAAAAUGUUCAAGAUAAUAUGGAACACGCAUUGGAACACAUGCCAGAAGUAUUUGGACACGUUGUUAUGCUUUAUAUUACUUGCAAAGUCAAUGGACAUCAUGUUAAAGCAUUUGUUGAUUCGGGAGCUCAAAUGACAAUAAUGAGUCAAGCAUGUGCUGAACGUUGUGGUAUUAUGCGUUUGGUCGACAGACGAUGGGGUGGUAUUGCAAAAGGUGUUGGUACACAAAAAAUAAUUGGACGUAUUCAUCUUGCUCAAAUUGAAGUUGAAAAAGCAUUUUUUACAACAGCAUUUUCCGUGUUAGAAGAUCAACCAAUGGAUAUGCUAUUAGGAUUGGAUGUUUUAAAACGCCAUCAGUGUGUAAUUGAUUUACAAAAAAAUAUAUUACGUAUUGGCUCGGCAAAUAUUGAAACGCGAUUUUUAUCCGAAAAUGAAUUACCUGAUCAUGCUAAAUUAAGUGGACCCAUUUCAAUGGAUGAAAUGACCGAACAUGAAAAUAGAGAUCUUGCUCAAGCACUAGCCAGAUCAGCUGAAGAUGCUGGCGAUAAUACAUCAAGUUCAAUACCACCACCACCAACAACAGCAACAACAACAGUCAGUGGUUCAGAACAGCUAGCUAUAUCAUCUGAAUAUCCUGAACAAUCCGUAACACAUAUAACCAAGCAUGGCUUUACUCAAGAACAAGCUGUCAAUGAAUUGAAAUUAUUUCAAGGAGAUGCUAAUAAAGCAUUAACAUCAUUAAUGACAAAGUCACUUUCAUUACCGAAACGAAAACGUUAG